CCCUGUUGGCCGAGCCGGGUUUCCAUGCAGCGGAGGGAACAAGAUGGCGGCGCUCUGGGUGCCGAAGGGAGCUGGAGGGAGGCUGUUGGCCCGGGCGCUGCUCCUGCUCUGCCUGGGAGGCCCCUUCCUCCCGGUCACAGGCGCCACCGGCCAGGCGGAAGGCGGCGCUGAGCCCCCGGCGGCUCCCCACCGGCGGUUCGAGUACAAAUACAGCUUCAAGGGGCCGCACUUGGUGCUGGGGGACGGGCUAGUGCCCUUCUGGCUUCACACCGGCAAUGCUAUUCCCAGUGCUGAUCAGAUAAGGAUAACACCAUCGUUAAAAAGCCAAAGAGGAUCAGUAUGGACAAAAAGCAAAUCAAUAUUUGAGUAUUGGGAGAUUGAAGUGACUUUUCGAGUCACAGGAAGAGGGCGAGUAGGAGCCGAUGGACUGGCCAUCUGGUUUACGGAAGGACAAGGCUUAGAUGGUCCUGUUUUUGGAGCAGCUGACAACUGGAAUGGUGUUGGCAUUUUCUUUGACUCCUUCGACAAUGAUGCAAAGAAAAACAACCCGGCAGUGAUUAUUGUUGGAAACAAUGGCAAGCUUCAUUAUGACCAUCAAAAUGAUGGAUCCACGCAAGCUUUGGCUUCCUGUCAGAGAGAUUUUCGUAACAAGCCUUACCCUGUUCGAGCAAAGAUCACAUACUACCAAAAGAUACUGACGGUAUUUAUAAAUAAUGGCUUUACUCCAGACAAAGAAGACUACGAGUAUUGUGCCAAAGUAGAAAACAUGGUGCUACCAUCUCAGGGAUACUUUGGAAUCUCUGCAGCAACUGGUGGUCUUGCAGAUGACCAUGAUGUCUUGUCUUUCCUGACUUUUCAGUUGACGGAGCCUGGCAAAGAAGUGAAGGAAAUGGUCUUUCUGGAAUUAGACUUGUAUGAGAAGGAGAGUAAGAACAGCUUUCAUGCUAGGCAAAAGAUUUAUCCAAAGCCUCCAGCUGAUACAGAAAUCCCUGAAAAAGACAAAGAGAAGUAUCAAGAACAGUUUGAGCAUUUCCAGCAAGAGCUGGACAAAAAGAAGGAGGAAUUUCAGAAGGAGCAUCCUGAUGUACAAGGGCAGCCCACGGAGGAUCUUUUUGAGACGGUCAGUGAUCGUGAGCUAAGGCAAAUCUUUGAAGGCCAAAACCGAAUACAUCUUGAAAUAAAGCAACUCAACAGGCAAUUAGACAUGAUUCUGGAUGAGCAAAGAAGAUACGUCUCUUCAUUGACAGAUGAAAUUUCCAAAAGAGCACCUGGUGUUCCAGGGCAGGUCUCUCAGCAAGGACUUGAAACUUUUGCAAAAACUCAGGAGGAGGUCCUAAGACAAGUUGGUGAAAUGAAAAAUUCCGUGGGAGAAGCCCUGAGGCUAGUCAGUGGUAUUCAACAUGCUGGGUCAGCUGGUGGAGUUUAUGAAACAACCCAACACUUCAAUGACAUCAAGGAGCAUCUUCAUGUAGUAAAGAGGGAUAUCGAACAUCUAGUCCAAAGAAAUCUGCCAUCAAAUGAAAAACCUAAAUGUCCAGAGCUGCCACAGUUUCCAUCUUGUUUAUCUACAACACAUUUCUUCAUAUUUGUAACAGUCCAAACGUUAUUAUUCAUUGGUUACAUCAUGUAUAGGUCUCAGCAGGAAGCAGCAGCCAAGAAGUUCUUUUGAUGACCAGUUUGCAUUCAGUAGGCAUAUGCAGAGCAUCACAUGAGCUGUGAAGGAGGGAAACUUUAGUGUUGGAAAUGCUUCAAUAUUUUAAAUUACUGAAUUUUUACUGAGUACACUGAAUCCAGGAUGAAAAUCUAAAAUUAACAAUGGAAAUAAUGGCAAAAAUGAGGCAAGUCCUGACUCUGUCCUUAAGCUUCCCAAACAAGCUGGAAUGGUGGCCCUUACUCUACUGUCCUGAUUCUCUUACGUGACUGAGGCCUUGCCCAUACUAAUUUAUUACACUGUCUGGUUUUUGAAGGGUGCGGUCAGGAAUCAGGAAGAUUUGCUGUAAUAUACUUGUUACGUAACUGAUUGGCAGUAUCUGAAAACUACAUUGCCCUUCUGUUUUAGGGAAAGAUGUUGCAAAAUUUUGGCUGAUGCUGUGGGAAAUGUCAGCCAAGUAGAAGUAUGGUGGUGUAGGUCUGCCUUCCUCCCCUCCCCCAAUCGCCAAAUGUGCAGAAGCAGCAGUUACCAGCAGAGGUAUUUAAUUGAGAAGAAGUCCCUGGAACAAUCAAUCCUCAAUGGGAUUUUCUCUUUCAGAGGGAAGACAUCUACAGGAAAUUGUAGUCCUUUCCAGCAUGUUUUGAUAAUAGUUCUUUGUAUUUCUGAUGCUGACCAUACUUUUGCAAAAGUGUUCUUGAAUCUCUCUUCAGAGAAGAGAUCUUAGCUUGCAUGAAUUCAGAAUUUACUUGGCUAGAGCACACAAUGUGAAGGUGGUCUUUUUAAAAAAACAAAACCCGACUGGACAUUGUUAUAAACCAUACAGACGUUGUAAUGAAUCCUUCUGAGUGACACAGCCAUCUCCAGAGCGUUCUGUACAUUAACCCAGGAACACUGCAUGAACACUCUUGACAGCAUUCUUACAAAACCUUCCACUGCUGAUCCUUUCAUAUUUACUAAAUCAGUGUUGUAUUUAAAAAAAAACUACAAGUAUUUUGGCUACCAGCCUUUGUCAUGUAAACAUUCUUAGGAAAGUUCUCAAUCAGAAUAUACUAACUAGUUCCACCUUAUCUCUGGCUUGUCACUUGUACUACCCUCAGGAAUUAUUUUUAAUGUACAUGAAUAAAGCAUCCAGUAUCCUUAAAUUGGAUUCAUAUGUGAUUGGAACUGCUUUAAGUUGGAUGUUUAGCAAAAGGCAACUGUAGUCUACAGGUUUCCAACCUUAUCCACUCCCAGAAGCCCCCGUCAGCAGGGCCAGUGGUAAGGCAUUCUGGAAGUUGUAGUCCAGUUUGUGAUCCAAGAGUAUCUGGGAGAUCCACAGUUUGGGAAUGACUCUUCUACCACAAUCAGUAUUACAUAUGUUGAAGUCAUUGUCCCUGAAAUCUUUGAGGAACAAAAGAAAUCUAUGCAGUAGAAAUCUGGCUUUCAUAUAUAUUUCCAUCAACCCCAGCCAUGUCAUUGGUAGUAUUAGUCUCUCAUCAAGCUUUAUGUACAUCUGAGAGAAGAACCUGCUGCUUUAAAUUAAUCAUUCAUAAUUCACAAAUAGGAGCAAGUUAACAGCAGCAUUUUAACCGACCAAAAUCAAAGAAAAGGGCAGUUAGCCCACUCAGUUCCACACCAGCAAGAUUUUUUUUUUACAGGUGCCUUUGAAAAAUGAAUGCGCGCAUAUGAUCUGCUGCUCAAGUGAUUGUUAAUGUUGAACGUUGGUCCGUGGCUUUCUCGCACCAGCACCAAAAAUGAUACCACUUUGACUGUGGAAAGAGAAUUUUUUUGGUGCUUUUAAUUCCAGAAGAACUGAUUCUAUUGCCUCAUCUCCCUUUAGAGAGUAUAUUUUGGGAAAUGGGGAUCCCUUCUUAGAUCAUACUGUAUUUCUAUUUUGUUUUCACCAUGUCAGUUUUCCCAGAUGUGAUGCAUUCAAUUUUAAAAUUAAAAUAUUGAAGCAACCAA